GGGGAGAGAGAAUCAUUCAUAUUACAAUAACAUAUAUUACAAAACAUCCAUGGCCGCAGCUCAUCGUCCUCAUGUCCUAGUGGUUCCCUAUCCAAGUCAAGGCCACAUCAACCCUUUGCUUCAGCUCUGCAAGAGACUUGUUUCCCAUGGUCUCACUGUCACCUUUGCCACCACUCUCUUCAUCCUCAACACCUUCACUCCUAAACUCCCCCCCUCCAUUCACCUCGACACCAUAUCCGACGGCUUCGACACCGCCGGCUACGAGGAGUCCUCCGGCGUCGAUGACUACCUGGCCCGCCUUCAAACUGCUGGCUCCAACACCCUGGCCGACCUCAUCCAAAGGCAUCAACACUCCUCCAACCCCGUCCACUGUGUCAUCUACGACUCCUUCCUUUCUUGGGCUCUGGAUGUGGCCAACAAGUUCGGCUUACCUGGAGGACCCUUCUUCACCCAGGCCUCCACUUGUAACUACAUCUACUACUGUAUCCACCAUGGAUUGUUGAAGCUCCCCAUUCCCUCCUUCCCCGUCUCCGUCCAAGGACUGCAAUUCCUCUCCUCCCACCGCGACAUGCCUUCCUUCGUCGGCGUCCCCGGUUCUUAUCCGGCUUACUUUCGAUUGGUGUUGAGCCAGUUAUCUAACGUCCAUCAAGCUAACUUUGUCCUCGUCAACUCUGUCUACGAGUUUGAACAACAGGUGGUGGAUUCUAUGUCAAAGGUUUGUCCUGUGCUUACAAUAGGCCCAACAGUACCACUGUUCUACCUAGACAAAAGCUUCGAAGAAGACAAGGAAUAUGGAUACGAUCUGUUCGAACCAGACUCGUCUGCUCCCAUCAUACAAUGGCUCGACACAAAACCAGCACAGUCAGUUGUGUACGUGGCCUUCGGAAGCAUGGCCAAUUUGAGUGCCAGCCAAAUGGAGGAGCUGGCGUUGGGGCUCAAAGCUACCACUUUCAACUUCUUGUGGGUUGUUAGGACUUCAAAGGAACGGGCAACACUUCCUCCCAAGUUCGCAGAAGAAAUAGGUGACAGAGGACUAAUACUGAAUUGGGGUCCCCAGAUGGAGAUCCUGUCGCAUGGGGCUGUGGGAUGCUUUUUCACCCACGGCGGCUGGAACUCGACGGUUGAGGCGCUGAGCUUGGGAGUGCCAAUGGUGGGAAUGCCCCAGUGGACGGACCAGCCCACCGAUGCCAAGCUCAUUGAGGACAUGUGGAAGGUCGGGGUGAGAGUGAAGGUUGAUGAGAAUGGGAUUGUGGGAAGGAAUGAGGUUGAGAAUUGCAUAAGGGAAGUGAUGGAGGGGGAGACAAGCUCACAAUUGAGACACAAUGCCAAGAAGUGGAGGAAUGUGGCUUUGCAAGCCAUCACUGAAGGUGGCAGCUCCCACACAAACAUUUGCCAAUUAGUAUCAAAACUUCUUGAUAAUAAUUUUACAAAAUAAUUUAUGAAAAAUUCUUCUUAAGGAUCUUCAUUUAAGUACUAUCGGUGGGGCUCUCAGUGUUUCUCGACCCGUGAACAGUUUUCGGUGCGAUUUUUUUAUGACCGUGUAUAUUGUAGCUAUUUGGAGCACCCUACAAAUUUUCAAAAAAAUUAUAAUAGUUUACAGUAUUGAAAACUAUGUUCAAACAUGUUCUUUCCACGCGCAUAAAAAAAAUUAGUUACGUGUGUAACAACAUAUUUGAAUUUAGUUUUCGAUACUGUAAACUAUUCGGAAUUUUCUGAAAAUUUGCAUGAUGCUCUAAAUAGCUACAAUAUAUAUGGUCAUUAAAAAAUCGCGUUGAAAACUGUUUACGGGUCGAGAAUACUGAGAGUCCUACCGAUAGGACUUAAAGUGAAGCCCAUAGGAGAAUUCCCCAAUAAUUUAUAUGUAUGCAUAUAAUUAAUUGGGACGAGGAUCCUCUAUUGUGUGUCCACCAAUAAUUUUGUGACAAAUCAUUUAAUGAUUUUUUCAAUAAAACCUAACACUCAAUUGCCGUU